UGAUUUGGAUAUUUAUUGUGCUGUGUUGUCAACAAUUUUUUUGACAUUUUGGCUUGUGAUUUGAACGCGUACAUUCCGCAUUGUCCUGAAGCGGGACGUGUCCUCGUUGAAGCUCGUACAGUCUAGCAGUCCUGUUGCCAGUUGCGAACUAGCACCAGCUAGCUGCUAGCUAGCUAAUCUCUCCUAGCAGCAGCAGCAGCAGCAGCAGCAGCAAGUGAUUUAUUUUACCACUCAGGCUGGUCGCUAACACCAACGUCCGUUUGUAUAUGAUUCACUGAUGAAAUGAGGACACCACCGUUUGUUGAAUGAUAGUUUGUCCGCUCAUUCGUACCCAGCUACACCUUCUUGAUACGCCUGUUUAUACUUCACCCAGACUUCAUCCAAACCCUGGUGCGGCUAAUUUGAGCUAGCAGACGACAGCAGCCGUUAGUUUUGGAUCAAUCAACUUUAUUUAACUGCUCGUCGACCUGCUUUGUGCUUACAAACUCCGUGACAAAGACGUGCUCGUUUCUACGCUGCUGUGGAUGACACUGUUUGAAUAAGUUUUCAUCUCCCUGUGCCUGUGGUUUUGGGACCCAAUGUUGCCACGGGAAGAAAAAGACAAACUGAGACACAGCAGUCCGUGAAUGAGUGGCGCACGAGAUAGAAAAACCAACGGACAACGAAAGGAGAGACCCUUAUUCUGCAUCAUUCUUGUGUAACAGAUUGCAACAGAACUCGAAGGCCCGCCGGUUGCCAUGUCGACCUCAUCGCUACGGCGACAAGUAAAGAACAUCGUCCACAACUAUUCAGAGGCUGAAAUCAAGGUUAGAGAGGCGACGUCCAAUGACCCAUGGGGCCCCAGCAGCUCUCUGAUGUCAGAGAUAGCUGAUCUGACCUACAAUGUUGUGGCUUUCUCAGAAAUCAUGAGCAUGGUGUGGAAGCGCCUCAAUGACCACGGCAAGAACUGGAGACAUGUGUACAAGGCAAUGACUCUUAUGGAGUAUCUGAUCAAGACGGGUUCAGAACGUGUUGCCCAACAGUGCCGAGAGAACAUAUACGCAGUCCAGACCCUCAAGGAUUUCCAGUACAUAGACAGGGACGGAAAGGACCAGGGGGUGAAUGUGCGAGAGAAAGCCAAACAGCUAGUGACACUGCUGAAAGAUGAAGAGAGACUAAGAGAGGAGAGGAUCCACGCCCUCAAAACCAAAGAGAAGAUGGCACAGACCUCCAGUGCCUCCUCAGCUCCCUCGGCACCCAGCCUGGGGGGCAGCCUGUCAGUGGGCUCUCACUCUGGAGGGGCAGACCCCGAGCAGGCCUGGCCACAGAGCUCUGGAGAAGAGGACCUGCAGCUCCAGCUGGCUUUGGCCAUGAGUAAAGAAGAGGCAGAGCAGACAAGCGAGGACCCUCUGGAGGACGCUGAGCUUCGCUAUGCAAUCACACUCAGCAAAGAGAUGCUCCAAAAGGAGGAGCGGCUGCGCAGAGGUGAUGACCUGAGACUGCAGAUGGCCAUCGAGGAGAGCAAGAGGGAGAAGCUGAAGCCAGAGGAGAGCGCUCUGAUGGAGCUGAGUGCCGUGGACCCCUGGGGGGCCCCUGCUGCUGGUGCUGCUGCUGCUGCCACUGUUGGCUCUGCCGGCCCCUCCCCUCCACCCACAGUUCCUGCUCCUGCUCCUGCUCCUGCCCCUGCCUCCGGCCCGUGGGGCGCAACCUCCACAGACCCAUGGGGGGUAGCAUCACCCACAUCCCCUACAAGCUCUGACCCCUGGGGUGGGGGAGCCCCACCCACAAUAGCCCCUCCUCCAGACCCCUGGGGAGAGACGUCCAACAAAGUUAACAAUGUCGACCCCUGGGGAAGCUCAGCUGUGACCCCCCCAAGUGCCGACCCCUGGGGCCCCCCAGUGCCUCCCAGCACUUCCUCUUCGGGGGGGCCAGUAGACCCCUGGGCAAGGGACGGGCCUGUCCCUGCCUCUGACCCUAUCACCUCCGACAUCUGGAGUGGCACCGCCAAACACACUAACGGCACAGGAGAUCCUGAGCGACGAGGAUCCUCAGCAACAGGCUGUGACAGCACAGGCUCACCGGUACCCUUUGACCUGUCGUCUCUUGGUUCCUCACUUCCUGUUCGUAAGACUCCUGAAUCCUUCCUCGGCCCCAAUGCAGCACUGGUUGAUCUUGAUUCCUUGGUGUCAUCUAAACCGAAACCCAAACAGCCGCCGCCUCCUUCCAUCUCCUCUUCAUCAGCGCACAACCCCUUCCUCCAGAACACAGGUUCAUCUCCUGCUCCUGGCAUGGCAGUGACUCCAGGCAGCACCAUUUCCAGUAGGGGGGUUUCUCCAACACCUGCCUCCUCCAACCCUUUCGGUGUGGCCCCACCUAUGACCUCCAUCUCACCUCAGCCCUCAUCACUUGGCCUGAGUGGCCUUCGCACCAGUCCUGUGCCUCCUAAUCCCAUGCUGGGCAUGGUGCCACCAGGAAUGGGCAUGGGGCCAAUGAGUGUGGGCAUGGGGGCUCCAGGAAUUGGCAUGGGCAUGAUGCAGGCCAGCCCCAUGGGCAUGCCCUACAGCGGGCUGUCGCCUAUGGCACCCCCAGGCUCGACUAUGUUGGGUCCUGGAGGGGCAGCUCCUCCUCAGCUGAUUUUGGGUGGGUCCACUGGAACAGGAGGAGUGAUGGGUGCAGGAGGACCAGUGGGAGGCGGAGGAACGACGGGAGCAAGCACCAAUCCUUUUCUUCUUUGAGGAAGUGUCACCACUACUUCGCUCACCUGUUUCCACCUCCUGUCAAACCUGCUGCCCCCUUUAUUCAUCCCCCUUCAACACAGUUUGUGUCCAAAAAGAAAAAAAUGUCUACAUCUCUAUAUUUAAAGAAAAAAAACAAAAAAUCAAAAAUUAUGUUUAUCUUUUCCUUCAAAAACAUUACAUUAUUUCAUUUCAUAGUAAUUUUUCCACAUUUAGUUCCUUUCAUUUCAGUAUGGGAUGUUUUUGGUUGGGAAAUAGAGAUCUAUUUAUUUUGUUUUAAUCCUGUUUCGUUCUGUAUCGUUCUUCAUGUUGUGUUUUUUUUCAGUCCUGUCUGAGAUGAAGGUAAGUCUGUGAGAGCAGGAGGCAUUUUCAGAAGUGUCACUCUACUAUAUUCUAAUAUUACUGCACUGAGAGAAAGAUGGAGGGAGAGGGGAAAUAGCCACUAACAAACUGAGCAGAGAAACUGUCGCACCUGCCACUUCCUCUUUCCUCCUUCUAGAAUGAAGACAAACACUGAAUCACUGAAAUGAAACGAGUGCAUGAAGGAUGAUUUUUAACGAACUCCAGACUGAGAGAUGGACUGAAACACCUGCAUAAACAUUUCAGGCACAAUGUGGUCAAAUUGUUUCAACUAUUUCACUUUUAAUAUAAUUUAAUGUUAAAUGUAAUUUAUUAUUUUUUUCCAAUUUUUGGGAACAAAUAAACAAGGAAAAUCAAACACGACGAUGCCAUUUAAAUCAAAUGCUUAUUUUUUUUUCUUCCUGAUUUAUUGUAGAAAAUAAAGAGAGCUCUGACAUGGGGGG